UUUUAGAACCGCUCUCCACACAGCCCCCACCGGCAGACUUCCGGCCGGCUGGUCGAUGCCGCCCCGCCCCUGAGGGCAGGGAUGUUGGGAACCACCAAUCACGGAGCGCAUGUGCUCAGGUCUAAUCUGACUCGUGCACCUGCUGGCUGGAACAUGGAAGAUUUAGAGGAAGAUGUAAAGUUCAUAGCGGAUGAGACCUUGGACUUUGGAGGGCUGUCACCAUCUGACAGUCGUGAGGAGGAAGACAUAGCAGUGUCGGUGACUCCAGAGAAACCGCUCCGAAGAGGACUCUCCAAUCGAAGUAAUCCAAAUGCAGUGGCCCCAGCCCCCCAGGGGCUGAGGCUCAGCUUGGGUCCCCUUAGUCCAGAGAAGCUGGAGGAGAUUCUCCACGAGGCCAACCGGCUGGCAGUUCAGCUGGAGCAGUGUGCCCUGCAGGAGCAGGAGAGCACGGGCGAGGGCCUGGGGCCUCGCAGGGUGAAGCCCAGCCCCCGGCGGGAGACCUUUGUGCUGAAGGACAGUCCUGUCCGAGACCUGCUGCCCACUGUGAGUUCUUUGACUCGGAGCACCCCCUCCCCAAGCGGCCUGACACCCCGACUCCGGAGCGGCGAUAAGAAGGGGUCAGUCAGGGUUCUCCGGGCAGCAUCUGGAAAGAGGCCCUCCAGUGUGAAAAGGGAGUCACCCACUUGCAAUCUGUUGCCUACAUCCAAAAGCCCAGCAUCUUCUCCUCUCGCCCGAUCUACUCCUCCAGUCCGGGGCAAAGCUGGGCCCAGUGGGAGAGCGACAGCAAGUGAGGAGACUUGGGCAGCAAAACUGUGGGCCUGCCAGCCGAAUGCCACUCACCAGCCGGAGUGUACCACCCGGCAAAGGUGCCCUGCCUCCAGCUUCUCUGCCACCUCGGAAAGGACUUCCACGACCAAGUGCUGUAGGGCACAGAGUUCCUGUUUCCCAGCGGCCAAAUCUUCCCAUCACUGCUGCCACUCGCAGCAACCUGCAGCCCCCCAGGAAAGUGGCGGUCCCAGGACCCACCAGGUAAAGAGAUCAGGUCAGCAAGCAAAAAUUCAGGAGCAAACCACUACAGUCACUGCCUGGACUCACCUCUACUCGACCCUCCAAGCCCUCUCAUGGAAGGCAGGCCCUGACUCCAGAAGAUUCUGGCCCAGGAGCAGGAGGAAAAGAUGCCACCAGGGCUGGUGCCCCAGGAGUGAAGAGAUGGGAGAUGGGGUGGAUUAGGGUUGAGCUGGAGGGGAAUCAAACUCUGUGGGUUGAAAGAGGAUUAGGAAAAAGAGGUCACCUCCCAACAGUGAAAUUAACAAGCAGAAAAUGAGAAAUGCAGGAGAGUGGUUUGUCCUCUUCCACCCCCCACUCUUGUGUUCAGUCCCAGUUUGAUCUUCUUCCCAGGCUUUGGCUCACUGGGCAUUUACAUGUGAAUGGCCUCUGUAGCUAACCUCCAUGCUCUCUGAGGAACAGUCCUGAAUCACAUCCUCUACUGGAUGCAGGCCUGUUUGGAGAGGCAGAGGCAGGCACCUGGUCUCUAGAACUUAUUUCCUGUGAAUUCUGUGACUCUUAAGAGGCCAGUUUAUGAUAAGCUUACAUCGAUCUGCGUUUUUCUAAAAUAAAAUGAAUGUAUUUUUAUAAUCUCUGUAUGUGUGAAAGUAAAUGCUCCAAUUUCAAACAAA